GCUGGUGUUUUGACACGUGUCUGUAAUUUCCUCCCCGAGCUCCGACAGCAGGUGCGGUUGGCAAGCAGAAUCACAUCGCGCUUUCGACUCUGCCCACGCACACGCUACUCCGAGAACAACAAAUUCAUCUGCAGACAGAUCUCUUCUUCGUCCAUUCACGUGAGAUACAAUCUCGCAUUUAUCCCAAGGCGGGGAGAAUUCAGGAGCUGACUCGUAACCGCAGGCCUCGGGUUGGAAUUUAAUCGCUGAGUUUUGAGUCCAGCGAAGCUCGGUGCGGGAGGAUUCAAUUUGGUGGAACAUUCAGAAUUGUUGUCCAUGGCACUCUCUCCUGCCAUUGUCCCGAGUUGUUCUCUAGCACCGAACAAAUCCGUCGUGCUCGGUUUCGCUCCUGACGGCAGCUCAUUGGGUUCCUCUACAGCUCGGGUGUCAAUUGUCUCAGCUUCUGGAAAUGGGGGAAUCCCAAUGAGGUCGGGCUCAUUCCCUUUGAGGUGUACAGGGAGCUCUAUGAUCUCGAGAAAACACGUAAUAUGCUCAGCGAUGGCUCCAGCUGCAAGCACAGAGGCAGAAUACGCUAUGGGUUCACCCAAGAUGAAAGAGUUGAUGGCAUUCCUCGAGAAGGAUCUGCCUCACCUGUUUGACGACCAGGGAAUUGACAAGAACAUGUAUGAUGAGAAAGUAGACUUUGUGGACCCCAUAACCAAAUAUAACAGUUUAGGUGGUUAUCUCUUCAAUAUUCAGAUGCUUCGUCGACUCUUCGAGCCCAUCUUCGAGCUUCACAGUUUGAAACAGACCGGCCCAACUGAAAUAACUACGAGGUGGACGAUGACAAUGACUCCCGUGAUUUUACCUUGGAGGCCUCAGCUGAUUUUCACCGGAACGUCCGUCAUGACCGUGAACCCUGAAACUGGCAGGUUCAACAGCCAUGUUGAUUUCUGGGAUUCUAUAAAAAAUAACGAUUACUUCUCCAUUGAGGCCUUGCAAGAUGUUUUAGGACAGUUGCAAAUCUACAAGACACCAGAUUUGGAGACUCCCAAGUACAGAGUCUUGAAGCGGACGGGUGCUUAUGAGGUGCGACAGUACGAGCAGUUUCUUGUGGCUGAAACCCCUAGCGAUGAACUUGUGGGCAAUAAAGGCUUCAAUGAAGUCGCCGGGUACUUGUUCGGAAAGAAUACGACAGGAGAGAAGAUGAAAAUGACCACGCCUGUUUUUAACAUGUCGGCCGGAGAAGGAUCUCAGUUACAGUUUGUUCUCCCACUGAAGUCCGAACUCUCUACCGUACCAGGUCCGUUAUCAGAACAGGUGAAACUUCGGGCCGUCGAUAAGACUUUCGCUGCAGCAGUCAAAUUCAAUGGGCAAACUACGCAAGAGCUCAUCCUCGAGAAAGAGUCAAAAUUAAGGGCGGCUGUCAUCAGUAAUGGAUUGCAACCAGAGGAGGGCUACUUGCUUGCUCGUUACAACGAUCCUGGUCGCACAAAGCCGUUCAUGAGGAGGAACGAGGUCAUAAUCUGGCUGAAAGACUUCAGUCUAGAAGUUUGAUGCAUGUCGUCAGCUCUAAACUUGCUGAGUGCUCGCAAGCUACCCAUCGGAACUUCUGACUGGACUCCGGGCUUAAGUGGCCAGGUGGCCCAUGUGCAGCAGCUCCAGCUCCCUGCCUCCAGGACUCCGGGACGAUCUAAUACUUAAGUAGUACACUGGAUCAUGUGUAGAACUCCUGUCCCACUUGUCCGCUGACAAUCCCCAUAGAUGCAAACUGUAUUGUAUAUCGAUCAGAGAACCUAUUAGAAAACUCUCUGAAACUUUUAAGUGCGCUACUUAACCCACAGCAUAGGAUAAAAGUAGAAAUGCCUGGAAGGCGAUGCCUGCCCUCAGAAAAAAACGUGGACAGACUGUAGGGACGUAGCACUGGACACUGGAUGCAGUUUCCAGUAGUGAACGAAGACAUGAACGCGAUGAGUGUGUGGAACAGUCCACAAGAUGGCGAUGUAAAGUAACGAGUGCUUGUUCUGUAUUGUAGCAAGAAGCUAAAUGCGAGCAGAGGCAUUCAUUUCUGCCCAUUUGUUCUUAUAUUCCCAAGGGUUCGUACCAGUUCGCUUUCCGUGU